AACUCACAUAGAAUUACUGCAUCGGAACUGUUACAGAGCAGGGAGAGAUCGAGCCCCCGACAGAGGAACACCAUCACACCGAGAGAGAAUAGAGAGAGAGAGAGAAUGGGGAAGGAGGUUUCGGAGAGCUGCGUGGAUAGUCUACUAACAGAAAUGGUUGCUUCCUAUUGCGAUCGGUUCUACGCCAAUAAGUCUGAGCUCGCCGCCCGCCGGAUCGAGGCAAUUGGUUACCAGGUUGGCCACCAGCUCUCCGAACGGUAUACAAUGGAAAGGCCAAGGUUUACUGAUCAUUUAGAGGCAAUCAAAUUCAUCUGCAAGGAUUUUUGGUCCGAGGUUUUCAAGAAACAAAUAGAUAACUUAAAGACAAAUCACAGGGGAACAUUUGUCUUGCAAGAUAAUCGGUUUCGUUGGCUUGCUCACAUGUCGGUAGAUCCUUCACUUGAGAAUGGCGGGGCAUCUCAAGAUCCUUCUGAUGCUGGUGAAAGCAAGGCGGCACAAGCAACAAGCAUGCAUCUCUAUUUCCCAUGUGGAAUCAUCAGGGGAGCUCUUUCAAACUUGGGAAUUCCUUGUGCAGUUUCUGCUGAAGUAUCCAACCUUCCUGCAUGUUCGUUUGUUGUCCGGAUAAAGGCCUGAGUACCAGUCUUAUGGGAGUGGCGUUAAGGUGGGAUUCAAAUUUGAUGGCAGAUUUGAGGUUAAGCACACCGUAACAAGCCGAGGCCAUCUGUUUCUUCCUUUUCUUCCUUUUUUUUAUUUUAUUUUUAUGGAGAUGUACUGUGAUUUUGUUUUUCUUUUACAUGGUAAUGUAUUGGAUUGAGGUUCUGAAACCUGAUUUUUCUAGUGUAAGACAGAUUCUGAGAAUGAAUCUUUCUGAGGUGGCUUAAAGCCUGAGACAUUCUAAUAGUUCAUCUCAUUUUUUAUGGCAGCA